CACAGCUCCUAAAGAGGUGACAUGGAAAAAAAAAAUAGGUGCAUAUCUCACCCAUGCUGCUGGGAAAGCAUUUUAGAGUUGUCCAAGUUCUAGACUAGAAUUAAAGACUCCUGAACCACAGGGUAGGGGUCAUGACUAAGGACAAAGUUUAACUGGCAUCUCCUCUAACCUCAAUCUCAUAAACAGUUGCCUGGGUACAGGCAAAGUCUACAGGCCUUUUAACGGGGUAUAAGCUUUCCCUAAAACAUUAGGGAGAGGCACUUCCAACAGGACCUUGUUGCAGGAGUCUUAAAAAACUUCAAACAAGAUUUAUAUGUUAUUCAAACUUAUACGUGCAAAUGUUUUACUGAAAAAAGGAGAACUGACGCCUGCAACGUCGUGCUUAAGAACAAUGAUUAUAAACGUAUUAAUUUCUCUGCGCCACAGGAAAAGGAUGUAUGUCUGAGGUCAAGCCUAGUGCUAAGGAAGGAGACACGGUCUCAACUAUGUAGUCCAGGCUGGCCUCGAAAUCGCAGCGAUCCUCUAGCCACAGUUUCCCUAGUGCUGGGAUUUCUGGUGUGCACCACCAUGCCCGGGAAAGCGCCUCGUUCUUUCACAGCCGUAACUUCCUCCUGGGUGCCCAGAUCAGACAGGGUUAACCUCCAUUUCAGCUAAUCAUGGGAGAGAUUAAAGUCUCUCCUGAUUAUAACUGGUUUAGAAGUACAGUUCCCCUUAAAAAGAUUAUCGUAGAUGAUGAUGACAGUAAAAUAUGGUCGCUCUACGAUGCGGGUCCCAGAAACAUCAGGUGUCCUCUCAUAUUUCUGCCUCCUGUCAGUGGAACGGCGGAUGUAUUUUUCCGGCAGAUUUUGGCUUUGACUGGAUGGGGUUACCGGGUUAUAGCUUUGCAGUAUCCAGUUUAUUGGGACCACCUUGAAUUCUGUGAUGGAUUCAGAAAACUUCUAGAUCAUUUACAACUGGAUAAAGUCCAUCUGUUUGGGGCUUCUUUGGGAGGCUUUUUAGCCCAGAAAUUUGCUGAAUACACUCACAAAUCUCCUAGAGUCCAUUCCCUCAUUCUCUGCAAUUCCUUCAGUGACACCUCCAUCUUCAACCAGACUUGGACUGCGAACAGCUUUUGGCUGAUGCCUGCAUUUAUGCUCAAAAAAAUAGUUCUUGGAAACUUUUCAUCUGGCCCAGUGGACCCUAUGAUGGCUGAUGCCAUUGAUUUCAUGGUGGACAGGCUGGAAAGUCUGGGUCAGAGUGAACUGGCUUCAAGACUGACCCUGAAUUGUCAGAAUUCUUAUGUGGAACCUCAUAAAAUUCGGGACAUUCCUGUAACCAUUAUGGAUGUGUUUGACCAAAGCGCACUUUCAACUGAAGCUAAAGAAGAAAUGUACAAAUUGUACCCUAACGCCCGGAGAGCGCACCUUAAAACAGGAGGCAACUUCCCCUACCUGUGCAGAAGCGCAGAGGUGAAUCUUUACGUACAGAUACAUUUGCUGCAAUUCCACGGAACCAAAUAUGCUGCCAUUGACCCAUCCAUGGUCAGUGCGGAGGAGCUGGAGGUGCAGAAGGGCAACCUCAGCAUCAGCCAGGAGGAGCAGUAGACGUGGCUGUCGCCGUGAAUGAGGUGCCCCAACGUGUGUGUGUACAAUCAAUGAUGUCAGCGCCACCGCCGGCCUCCUUGAGGCCCAGGUUCUCACUGUGCUUUGGAAGUGGGACUGACUGUCACCUUCCUGAGAGGGGCAGCACUUCUAAGCCAGUGUAAUGGUUCCCUCUUCAGUUUUUUUAGCUUUUUCAAUUUGAAGAAGUCCUUUGGAAGACUCAUUUUAACAGGGAAAAUUUUGCUACCAGAAGUCUUCACUACUGUGUUCCUAAGUGAGUCUUAAUUUCCAAGGUUUGGGGAUUUUUUUUUUCCUUUUCCUUUCCUGUCUUCUUUCUUGCUUUUUAUGUUAUUUACUAUAAACACCACAUAUCAGGAUUAUGUGUCAGAAGGACAUGGGUUAUUUUUGUGCUUUUGGCGCAUAACCAUUGCCAUAGUGCCAGACUAGCACUCUGUUGGCUCACUUGCAAAUCAACUACUUUUAAUUUCUAAUUAAGUGCACUGUUUUGACUGUCAGCAGUCGUCUUUCCAGACAUCAUACAGUCAUUUGGAAUAAAAAUUCAAUUUCAGUGA